AGAAGUGCGGAUGGCAUGACCGCAGUAUCUCAGAGCAUGUCUUCUGGAGAGAAUGUUACACUUCAUAUGGAUAUUAUACGUCUUUUGUACUUCGAAUGCUUCGGAGUACCACCACAGUCCGCGGAUCAUUCUGACCGAGAAAGAUAUUCCAUUCAGGAGGCACAGCCUUAACGGGACGCACACCCGCACUGAGCUUAUUCUGGGACCAGACGAUGGUGGAAUUUACGUUGGGGGCCACAGAACGCUGUCCUACAUUGAUUUUCAGAUGCCUAAUCAGUCAAAAGAGGUCACCUUGUUUGAAAAGGAAUGCAGGGACAAACAAACAACAGGCAGCUGCGAUUAUGACAUCACCAUCCUACAUAAAAUUAAAAAUGGAACAGAAAUGUUUGUUUGUGGAACAAACGGCAUUCUCCCCGUGUGCUGCCAGAUGGCACAACUUGGCUCCUGCUCAUCAUCUUCAGCUGAAGGAAUGGCUCCAUUCUCUGUGAAAGAGAAAGCACCAUCCCUCUACAUUGAGGACGAGCUGUACACCACUGCCAACCUUUACGCCCAAGGCGAUGGGGUGGGUAUCCGUAGACACUUUGGGAAAAGAGGCAAAAUCUCAUCACGUGCCAAUAAAACAGAACAGAGGUUUGUUGCCAUGGCAGCAAGUGGACCCAGGACUGACCGACUUCAGGACAGAAUCUACAUGUUCAUGGAGGAGAAGAAUUUGGAUAAGCAUCCGGAUUCUGACCAUUGGGUUUCCCGGGUUAUCCAGGUGUGCAAGGCAGAUCGCGGUGGAACCAAAAAUAUUCUGGAGAGGCUGUGGACCUCUCUCAUGAGUGCCCGGCUUUACUGUGGAAUUCACUUCAGCAGGCUCCUGGAUGUGGACGUCCUGCAUGCUACCAACUGGAGAGAUAGCAAGGUCUACGCACUUUUCACCAACCCCUGGGGCAUGAGGGCAGUGUGUGUGUACACCAUGGGCACUAUCGACAAGGUCUUCAAGAACUCUAAAUUCAAAAACAGUGCAGGCUCUGCCCAGGAUGUUCGACGUAGAGAGUGUGUCAAAAACAGCCAGACUCUGCCCAGGGAAGUGCUAAAGCAAAUGAAGGACUACCAAGAGAUGGAAGAUUGGAUCAGACCGAUGAGUGGCAGCUCCCCCUUCAUGGUCAGUCACCGCCACUACAGGCACAUCAGGGCCGCUAGCGUGAUACCACACAUCGUCUUAUUCCUAUCGCUGGACAGUGGGAAGGUACAGGCAGUGCUCGCAGAGACGGAUCCACCUUUCGUCAUAGCCGAGCUGCAGCCUUUCAGGAACAGAACCCACAUCCAGAACGUGCUGCUGCAGCCAGCCACGAACAAGAUGUAUGUGAGCACCAGCAGUGAGGUGGUGGAACUGGACCUGCUCAGAUGUACGAAAUACGGCCAACGGUGCGAGGACUGUGUCCAGGCCAGAGACCCCUACUGCGGCUGGGACGGGACCCGAUGCACUGCUGCCUCCAAUGCAACGGUUCAGGAUGUGAUGCAUGGAAACUAUAAGGUGUGUGAAGAGGCAGGUAAGACCGACGAAUAUGUUGCACCCCGCACGGUGUACAGCCUCCCCCUAUUAGCCGAGUACUUCCUGCUGUGCCCCCUCAAGUCUGGCCAUGCCGAAUACAGCUGGAUCCAUCGAGGAAGGAGGCUAGAGUGCCUGCUGGCAGAGGGGCACUGUCUGCUGCUCAUAGAGAACAUGACCGCCGAACAGGAAGGCAACUACAGUUGCAUGUCCACAGAGGGCGGCUACGAGAAGACCCUGAUUCAGUACGAGCUGCGGUUAAUCACAGACCACAACCAGAACAAGCCACAAACCACGACUGUGAGCCCCACAAGCGAAGUUCCGGAAGCAGACAGAUGUACGAAAUAUGGCCAACGGUGCAAGGACUGUGUCCAGGCCAGAGACCCCUACUGCGACUGGAACGGGACCCAAUGCACCGCUGCCUCCAACAACCCGGUUCAGGACGUGGAGCAUGGAAACUAUAAAGUUUGUGAAGAGGCAGGUAAGACACCCCGCAUGGAGUGCAGCCUCUCCCUAUUGGCCAAGCACUUCCUGCUGUGCCCCCUCAAGUCUGGCCAUGCCGAAUACAGCUGGAUCCACCGAGGAAGGAGGCUAGAGUGCUUGCCGGGAGAGGGGCACUGUCUGCUGCUCAUAGAGAACAUGUCCGCCGAACAGGAAGGCAACUACAGCUGCAUGUCCACAGAGGGCGGCCACAAGAGGACCCUGAUUCAGUACGAGCUGCGGUUGGAGAGCAGGGCCAGAGGGCUGGCCUCAUGUGCACUGCCCUUAAUCUUCCUCCUGGUCUCCCUCAUUCUGCUCAACUAGCCAAACCGGCAGCCUUUCAAACCCCUGCAGUGUUUACUAGGAGGACUCAGUUUCUCAUUUGUUCACCAAGCCCCAGUGCAAUGAUGGGGGACACAGUGAAGGAGGAGACAGGGAGGGGAAUUAAACAUGAGAGGCACCAAAAGUGUAGCAGUUGUUUUGAAGCAGAAGUGAAAAACAUUUCACUAAAUAUCCUUAAUUAGUAUUUCUAUACAAUAAGUAUUUUGGGAAAUCUUAGAAAUGGUUAUAUACUCUACAUUAUAAAUAGAGCACUUUGUAAAAAAAGCGCCAUAUAUAUAUAUAUCUACACACA